AUGGAGCGGCCGCUGCUCACGCUCUGCCUCGCCGGCUGCCUCCUGGCCCCGGGCGGCCGCGGGGCUCCGGGCAGAGUCGCCCACAAGCUGCUCCACGACCUCUUUGCCAACUACUCCAGCGCCCUGCGCCCCGUGGAGGACACGGACCGGGCGCUCAACGUCACCCUCCAGGUCACCCUGUCCCAGAUCAUCGACAUGGAUGAGAGGAACCAGGUCCUCACCUCCUACCUGUGGGUGCGCCAGGCCUGGCUGGACACUCACCUCACGUGGGACAAGGACUCCUACGGCGGCAUCGACAGCAUCCGCAUCCCCAGCAGCUACGUGUGGCGGCCCGACAUCAUCCUCUACAACAAUGCCGAUGACCACUUUGGCGGCUCGAUGGAGACCAACGUGGUGCUGCGCUCGGACGGGCACAUCAUGUGGGACUCACCCGCCAUCACCAAGAGCUCCUGCAAGGUGGACGUCUCCUACUUCCCCUUCGAUGGGCAGCGCUGCCGCCUCACCUUCGGCUCCUGGACAUACAAUGGGAACCAGAUCGACCUCCGGAACCGGCUGGACACUGGGGACCUGACAGACUUCGUGAAGAAUGUGGAGUGGGAGGUGCUGGGGAUGCCGGCCACGAGGAACGUCAUCACCUACGGCUGCUGCUCCGAGCCCUACCCCGAUGUCACCUACACCCUCCUGCUCCGCCGCCGCGCCUCCUUCUACAUCUUCAACCUGCUCCUGCCCUGCAUCAUGGUCUCCCUCCUGGCCCCGCUCAGCUUCUACCUGCCAGCAGACUCGGGCGAGAAGGUGUCGCUGGGGGUGACGGUGCUGCUGGCGCUCACCGUGUUCCAGCUCCUGGUGGCAGAGAGCAUGCCGCCCUCGGAGAGCGUGCCGCUCAUCGGGAAGUACUACAUCGCCACCAUGACGAUGAUCACGGCCUCCACGGCGCUCACCAUCUUCAUCAUGAACGUGCACCACUGCGGGCCGGGGGCGCGUGCGGUGCCACCCUGGGCGCAGCGCCUCAUCCUGCGGUACAUGGCGCGGCUCUGCGGCGUGCACGAGGUGGGGGGGAGCUGCCGGGGCCAGCGCCGGGCGCCGGGGCCAGGGGACACAGACGGGGAGGUGGGUACCACGGAUGGGACCUGCCCCCGGCACCGCUGCCUGUGCCACCACCGCGUGCUGCUGCGCCACGUCGCCUACAUCGCCGGGUGCUUCUGCCGGCACCGCGCCGCACAGCGCCGCACCGGGGAGUGGAAGAAGGUGGCCAAGGUGAUGGAUCGCUUCUUCAUGUGGGUCUUCUUCCUCAUGGUGUUCCUCAUGAGCGUGCUGGUGCUGGGCAAAGGUGCCUGA